AAUGCAUGUAUGAUUCUGUGGACUAACCCCUGUUUCAGGAGGGAUUUUCAGGACUCAGGUGAUAAGGACAGAGUGAGCGGAGAAAGCUGAGUGACUAAUUGGCUAUGGCGGAGAAAUGGAAGUCGACUGCCUUGCUGGUCAUAGACAUGCAGAAAGAUUUUAUUCUUCCAGGUGGUUUGAUGCAAGUAGCCGGGGGUCAAGCCAUAGUCCCUUCUGUUGUAAAGGCCGUUGAAGUUGCAAGACAGCGUGACAUUCCUGUAAUUUGGGUCGUCCGUGAACAUGACCCAAUGGGAAGAGACGUCGAACUCUUCCGGCGACACAUGUAUGGUGAUGGAAAAUUCGGACCUAUUACCAAGGGAAGUGUGGGUUCCGAACUAGUUGACGGUCUUGUGAUCAAAGAAGGGGAUUAUAAGUUGGUGAAGACGAGAUUCAGUGCUUUCUUUGCUACACACCUUCAUUCAUUUCUUCAAGGCGCUGGAGUCAAUAACUUGGUUAUUACUGGGGUUCAGACCCCAAACUGUAUCAGGCAGACUGUAUUUGACGCAGUAUCUUUAGAUUACCAAACUGUUACUGUCAUUGUUGAUGCCACUGCUGCAGCUACAUCUGAAGUGCAUCUUGCUAACAUUUUUGACAUGAAAAAUAUUGGAGUUGCAAUACCAACAUUACAGGAGUGGAUAGGGUCCGGUACUUGAUUUUGCCUCCCUUCUUCAACAAGGCAAUUGGCUUUGUAUAAGUUGUCCAUGAGAUGACAAGGGUACCUUUUGUGGUAAAAACUUGGUGUAAUAACUCGGGCAUGAUAAUAAGGGCUGAAAUUUCUACCACUGGCAUGGUUAUAUAUAGCCUCUGAUGUACCAUUAGUGAAGCAGUUGUCAUGAUCCCAUAUAGGAUAUGUAUGAUUCCCAAUCGUUAGGCUACCAUGACCGAUAAGUUUGAGGGUACAAUAGUGGGACAUGAAGCAUUUCUAGGCCGUGCCAUCAAAAUUGUGAACCUUGUUUGCUUUGGAUCUCGUUCUCUGUGUGUUUGGCAUAUGCUAAAGAAAUCUACCGAGCAAAAGGAUAUAUUAAUGCAACUUGUUUAUGUUUGUGGUGGAGGUUUUACUUCCCACAAAUGCUGUGCAAUAAAAUCACUUUUCCAGUCUUGUACUGGAAAGGACC